CCGAAAAAAAGAAGUAUCAAGAAGCGAAAAAAAUUACUAAUGCUGAAAAGAAAAAAAAUAAAAUAUUAAAAGAACAAAAUGUUGAAUUAAAAAAAGAAAAAGAAAAAUGGAAAACAAUGUUUAAUAAUUUAAAAAUAGAAAAUGAUAAAGAUAAAGAAAAAAUUAAAGAAUUACAAAAAAUACUUGCAACAAAAGAAAUAGAAAUAAAAGAUAAAAAAGAAAGAUAUGAAACUUUAUAUAAUGCAUGUAUUACUAAUCAUAGCGAUUAUGAUCAAAUUAAAAAAGAAUUAGAAAAAAUUACUAAAGAACUUUUCAUAUCAGUUCAUACUGGACAAAUUGGAGAUUUACUUGGAAUUGCACUAUUAGAAGGAAUUGGUAAUACAACUUUUGGCAAUCUUACUGGUCAACAAUGGGUAGAUCAUUAUAAAAUUCCUGUUGUGGAUGCUAUCUUACUGACUCCUUUGCUUUCAAAAAUUGGAUUAAAUUUUUAUCUUGUUAGAAUUUGUGAUAAAGAUUUAGCAAAAAAAACACAAAAUGAU